AUGGAAAGCGUUCACGAAGCCUAUUAUGUCGAGGAGGGUCUCGAGGAUUUUCAAGAUGAUGACAUGGAAGGUAUUCCGAUGCAGGAAGACAUCCAAGAUAGCGAUGAUAACGAGAUAACUCCAGAUUUGUGGCAGGAAGCCUGUUGGAUAGUUAUCAGCAGUUAUUUCGACGAAAAGGGUUUGGUUAGGCAACAGUUGGACUCGUUCGAUGAGUUCAUUCAAACUUCUGUUCAAAAAAUAGUUGAAGAUUCUCCAGUUAUAGAGUUUCAAGCAGAGGCGCAGUACUCUGGUGGCAUGAUUGAAAAACCGGUCCAAUAUGCCCUUCGAUUUGAACAAAUUUAUCUUAGCAAAGCAACACAUUGGGAAAAAGAUGGUUCCUCAGCUCCAAUGACGCCGAAUGACGCACGUCUCAGAAACCUAACCUACGCUGCUCCUCUUUAUGUUGACGUCGUCAAAAAGGUUACUCGCGAUGGUUAUGAAGAUGAAAAGAAAUUUGAGAAGAAAUUUAUUGGAAAAAUUCCAAUUAUGUUAAGGUCGAGUUAUUGCAUUCUGGCCGUAAUGAGCGACCGUGAUCUAGCCGAACUCAAUGAAUGCCCCCUUGAUCCUGGUGGGUACUUCAUUAUAAAUGGUUCGGAGAAGGUUCUUAUAGCUCAAGAGAAGAUGGCAACAAACACUGUUUAUGUUUUCCAGCAAAAAGACAGCAAAUAUGCAUACAAAACUGAAAUUAGGUCGUGUUUGGAACAUAGCUCCCGCCCAGCCAGCACAUUUUGGGUUAACAUGAUGGCCCGUGGUGGCAAAGACAGCAGUAAAAGGGCUACAAUCGGUCAGCGUAUCGUCGCCAUUCUGCCUUACAUCAAACAGGAAAUCCCAGUUCUUAUUGUCUUCAGAGCUCUCGGAUUCGUGGCAGAUCGCGACAUCUUAGAGCAUAUCAUCUAUGACUUUGAGGACACCGAAAUGCGUGAAAUGAUCAAACCAUCGUUAGAUGAAGCCUUUGUUAUCCAAGACCAAAAAGUCGCUCUCAACUUUAUUGGUUCCCGUGGUGCAAGACCUGGUGUGACUAAGGAAAAGCGUAUCAAGUAUGCCAAGGAGAUUUUGCAGAAGGAAACGCUUCCCCACGUUGGUAUCUCCGACUAUUGUGAUACUCGCAAAGCUUUCUUUCUCGGUUACAUGGUACAUCGUCUUCUCCUUACCGCGCUCAAGCGACGUGACGUCGACGACAGAGACCACUAUGGAAACAAGCGAUUGGACCUCGCUGGUCCUUUGCUUGCUUUUCUCUUCCGUGGAUUAUUCCGUAAUUUGACCAAGGAAAUUCGGAUGUAUGCCCAGAAAUUCAUUGACAAGGGCAAGGAUUUCAACCUAGAAAACGCCAUUCGCAGUCAAAUCAUUACGGAUGGGUUGAAGUAUUCCCUCGCCACGGGCAACUGGGGCGACCAGAAGAAAGCUAAUCAAGCCAGACCGGGUGUCUCUCAGGUCCUCAACCGACUUACAUUUGCUUCCACACUUUCUCAUCUUCGUCGUCUCAAUUCCCCCAUUGGUAGAGACGGGAAGUUGGCUAGACCCCGUCAGCUACACAACACCCUGUGGGGUAUGAUUUGUCCGGCCGAAACUCCCGAAGGUUCUGCUGUUGGUCUUGUCAAGAACCUGGCCCUGAUGGCCUACAUAUCCGUUGGAAGUCAGCCAUCUCCUAUCCUUGAAUUUCUUGAGGAGUGGAGCAUGGAUAAUUUAGAAGAAAUUGCACCCUCUGCGAUCGGAAAAACUUGCAAAAUAUUUGUCAAUGGAUGUUGGGUUGGAAUACACAACUCUCCAGACCACCUUAUGGUUACAUUGCGAAAAUUGCGCCGUCAAGUUGAUGUUAUCGUUAGUGAGGUCAGCAUGGUCAGAGAUUAUCGCGAUCAAGAAAUCCGGAUUUAUACUGACGCUGGUCGAAUUUGUCGUCCUCUAGUUAUUGUUGAAAAAGGCAAGCUUAUGCUUAAGCGAAACCAUAUUGAGAUGCUCAAAGAAAAGGCGUAUAAUCGCUAUAGCUGGCAAGACCUUGUGCUGAGUGGCGUUGUUGAGUACAUUGACACCCUUGAGGAGGAGACAGCUAUGAUUGCAAUGGGUCCGGCCGAAAUGCAAGCAGCCGUUAACUACUGCAAGACUCACACCCACUGCGAGAUUCACCCGAGCAUGAUUCUUGGCAUCUGUGCCAGCAUCAUCCCCUUCUGUGACCACAAUCAGUCUCCCCGUAACACCUACCAAAGCGCCAUGGGCAAACAGGCUAUGGGUGUGUACAUCUCCAACUUCCACACGCGCAUGGACACUCUCUCGAAUGUCCUCUAUUACCCCCAAAAGCCGUUGGUCACGACGCGAUCCAUGGAGUACCUUCGUUUCCGAGAACUGCCCGCUGGCAUCAACGCCAUUGUAGCGAUCGCUUGUUACACAGGGUACAACCAGGAGGACUCCUUAAUUGUAAAUGAGAGCGCAAUCCAGCGUGGGUUCUUCCGGUCCGAGUUCUACCGAACCUACAAAGACCAAGAAGCAAGACAUGGGAUGGAUCAGGAGGAGGUGUUUGAGAAACCCGACCCACAAACUUGUCAGGGAAUGAGACACGCCAUUUAUGAUAAGUUGGACGAUGACGGUCUCAUCGCUCCUGGAACGCGUGUGUCCGGUGACGACGUGCUGAUUGGGAAGACUAUUUCUCUGCCAGAAAACGAAGAUGAGAUGGACGAGGGUCAUCGUCGCUACACGAAGCGUGACGCCUCCGUUUUUAUGCGCCGCAGCGAGUACGGCAUUGUGGACCAGGUGAUGGUCACGUGGAAUAACGAAGGCAACAAGUUUUGCAAGGUGCGCGUUCGCACCACGAAGACGCCGCAGGUGGGCGACAAGUUCGCCUCGCGCCACGGCCAGAAGGGCACCUGCGGCAUCCUCUACCGCCAGGAGGACAUGCCCUUCACGUGCGAGGGCAUCACUCCCGACAUCAUCAUCAACCCCCACGCCAUUCCCAGUCGAAUGACAAUCGGCCACUUGAUCGAGUGCCUUCAGGGCAAAGUCAGCGCAAACAAGGGCGAGAUCGGUGAUGCGACUCCCUUCAACGACGCCGUGAACGUGCGCAAGAUCUCACUUCUGCUCCAGGAGUACGGUUACCAGCACACGGGCAACGAGAUCAUGUACAAUGGCUUUACGGGUCGCAAGCUAAACUCGCAAAUCUUCCUUGGUCCGACUUAUUACCAGCGUCUCAAGCACAUGGUAGACGACAAGAUUCACUCGCGUGCCCGUGGCCCCGUCCAGAUCCUCAACCGCCAGCCCAUGGAGGGUCGCAGUCGCGACGGUGGUCUGCGGUUCGGGGAGAUGGAGCGGGACUGUCAGAUUGCCCAUGGAGCGGCGCAAUUUCUUCGGGAGCGUCUCUUCUUUGCCAGUGACCCGUACCAAGUCUGUGUGUGCAACCUAUGCGGUCUAAUGGCUGUCGCGCACCAAAGAAACAAGACGUAUGAAUGUACCGCCUGCCAGAAUACAACUCAAAUAUCCAUGGUCGGCCUUCCGUAUGCCUGCAAACUCCUAUUCCAGGAAUUGAUGUCCAUGUCAAUUGCUCCUCGAAUGAUGCUCAAACUGGACUGGCAGGUGAACUAG